AUGUUGGAAAUUUCGCGAGGUACCGUUACCUGGAUCCAUAAACGUUCUGGCGGAGGAUGGUGUAUGGAGGGAAGCUGGUCAGGCGAGGGUGUCUCUCCCGGAGGAAUCCCACGGUUUUUGCAAGAUCCAGAUGAAGAUACUUCCAGUAUAAAUACAACCAGCAGAAAAUCAAAUGAAAGUCAGUCAAAUUAUGCUCCGUGUCCUUAUUCACACUUGCUGAUCCCUACACCAGAGAAAGAUGAAGAACUUGAGAAUGCAAACUUUGCAAAUUCUAAACAUCAAAAGCUUGUUUCGGCUAGGGAGACACCGUUGCCUGUUUUGGGUUGGGCGAAUAGAGAUGAAGUAUGGCAAAAUAUGCUCAGUAAGGAACAGAAGUACGCAAGAGAUAAACUUUAUAUGGAAAAGCAUCCGCUCUUGGAACCUAAAAUGCGAGUAAUUCUCCUAGAUUGGCUAAUGGAGGUUUGUGAGGUCCACAGACUUCAAAGAGAGACAUUUUAUUUAGCUCAGGAUUUCAUCGAUCGCUUCAUGGCAACACAAAAGAACAUUGUAAAGACCCUCCUCCAGCUGAUUGGGAUAUCGUCGUUAUUUAUAGCUGCUAAACUUGAGGAGAUCUACCCACCGAAGCUUCACCAGUUUGCCUAUGUUACUGAUGGUGCUUGCACACAAGAAGAAAUUAUUAGCAUGGAACUCAUUAUUAUGAAGGCGCUCAAUUGGAAUCUGAGUCCCCUGACAAUCGUGUCUUGGCUAAACAUAUACAUGCAGGUUGCAUAUCUAAGCGAGAUCUGUGAGAUGCUGCUGCCACAAUAUUCUCAAGAGAUAUUCGUGCAAGUAGCAGAGCUUUUGGAUCUGUGCGUCCUCGAUGUGGGCUGUUUGGAAUACACGUACGGUGUCCUGGCGGCUUCGGCGUUGUAUCACUUCUCCUCUCGCGACUUGAUGCAGCGGGUUUCGGGAUACCAACUGAGCGACAUAGAGAAGUGUGUGAAAUGGAUGGUCCCCUUUGCGAUGGCCAUCAAGGAGGUGGGGAGUUCAAUGCUGAAGAAGUUCAGAGGAGUCCCCACCGAAGCGUUGCACAAUAUACAAACGCACAUAAACACUUUUGGCUUGCUGAACAAAGCUCAAACAAAACAAGCUAUGUUAGCUGAGAAGAACAUGUGUUCUCCUUUGCCCACGGGUGUUCUCACCCCACCUCAGAGUAGUAAAAAACUCCCACGGACCUCGAAAUAGCUAAAGCUACGGAAGCUGCUCGUUCUCCUGAUCACCGGCUUUUUUAAAAAAAAACACAACUCCCUCGCCCUAUAUUUUUAUUUUCAGGAUUCUGCAUUUUUGCGUGAGGCUGCCAGUGAGUCCCGAUGAAUGCUAGAAUGGAGGGGGAAAUUCCUUUAUGUGUUUUUAUGGAAGAAACCGACUGGUUCUGAAAACUGGUUUUUCUUUUCCUUUUUAAUGGAAUGUCUGUUUUUAAAGGAACUCUUUGAAUAUACCAGCCACCUCAAACAGGGAUGUGCUUGGAUUGCUGCUAAGGAAAGAGUUAUUUGAUGUGCUGAU